AUGUUCUCCUCCAAAUUCCUUAGUGGGGCCAACCCCCUCAAUGCUGUGUCCUCUGCUGUGAAUAAGUUUGGUUUAUUUGGAAAUGAUGGGGAGGGGGAUAAGAAUAAGAAAGGACCUUCCCAGCAGGGAGUGAAGCCACCUGGAGAAAAGCAGCCAGGAGCAGGCCCUGGCAAAGGCCCUCAACAGCAGCAUGGACCCCAAAAAUCAGGCCAGGGCCCUCCUAUGCAAACGGGCCAGCCUCUCCCUAAACAAGGCUCACCACAGUUGCAUGGGAAUGGACAGACUGCACCUCAAAACAAGCCUGGGGGGCAAAAAGUUACUCAAAAGGCAGGAACACAGCCUGAAGGUCAUCUAAAAGGGCAGUCACAAAAAGAUCUUCCAAAGGGGCCACCACAGCAAGAUUCAGCUAAGCCUGGAGGUCAACCGCAGAUUGUGAAUAAGAGUGGAGUUCAACCAGGAUCUCCAAAGGCAUCUUCACAACAGCAGGUUCCACCUAAAACAGGGAUGCAAAAACAAGAGCCCUCUAAGACAGGUGCACAGCAACAACAGCCAGCAAAGACUGGGUUGCAAGAGUCCACAAAGGCUGGGUCACAGCAAGGGUCACCUAAAGUAGGACAGCAACCACAGGGGUCACCAAGAAUUGGACAACAACAACAACAACAACAACAACAACAACAACAACAACAUGGCUCACCAAAACUCCCACAGCAACAACAGGGCUCACCUAAGGUGGGACAACAGCAGCAAAGUUUCAGGACUACACCCCAGCAGUCCUCAAAUAAGCCGGGGUCUCAGCCACAAGGCCCUAAGGGACCUGGCCUGUCCCAAGUAGGGUCUUCAUCACCGGGACCAACCAAAGCUGGAUCGCAGUCAAAGGCAGUAGCUAAUACCCUUUGCCCAGUGUGUAAGACAACAGAACUUAACAUGCACACCAAGGAACCACCCAACCAUAAAACAUGUACACAGUGUAAAACUGAAGUGUGCAGCUUCUGCGGCUUCAGCCCUCCUGACUCAGAUGGGCGUGAGUGGCUUUGUCUAACCUGCCAGGUAAAGAGAGCCCAAGGAUUUUCUGAACCACCGGGACCUUCCAUGAAAAAGCCCAUUCCCAACAAAGUGUCUGCUGCUCAAAACCAGACACCAUCGCCUGCUGCACCUGUCAAAAAAGAGAUGUCAGGAGCUGGUUCACCUCAGAAAAUGCAGUCUACUUCGGCAAAAGUGCAAGCCAAGGGUGAAGCUGCUAAAGGAUCAGACAUUCAAAAGCAGGCCAGUCCUGCUUCUGUUCACAAAAUGACACCUGAGACCCAGAGAACAUCAGGGCCUCAACAACCAGACCAGAUAAGUCAAACUGGGCGCAAGCAAAGCAGUGCCAAGCAGGAGUCAGGAGGUUUAUUUGGCUUUGGUGGUUCUAAAACUGAAGCUGCAAAGCCAGAGGAGUCAGUGAGUGGGAAGAUGUUUGGUUUUGGUUCCUCCAUUUUUAGUUCUGCAUCUACUUUGAUAGUCUCAGCUGUACAGGAUGAGUCAAAAACUACACCACCAGUUUCGCCCAAAAUGCAGUCUACAAAGGAGACCAAACCUGCAGCUGUCCAAAAGUCAGUGCAAGACAAUAAACAAGAGCAACCCCUGCAAGCCAAAGCCAGUCCAGCAGGACAGGUCAAAGUGGAAAAUGCUCAAUCAGAGACUCCAAAGGCAACAGCAGCUUCCCACAAUGCUCCUAAAGGAGGUCAAUGCACUUGUCCAAUCUGUAAGGUGAUGCUCAAUAUGGGCUCGAAGGAUCCUCCCAACUAUAAUACCUGCACUGAUUGCAAAAGCACCGUCUGCAACCAAUGUGGAUUUAACCCCUUGCCAAAUGUCAAUGAGGGAAAGGAGUGGCUUUGUCUAAACUGCCAGGUGAAACGAGCCCAGGAAGGCCCAGGGCAACCUUCACUACAAAAGACUGCUGCACCAGACAAGACUGAAGCUGCUAAAAGACCAGCCAGCACAGCUCCUGGUCAGAAAACCCCUCAAGACAGCCGAAAGGUGCAGGAGUGGUUAUGUCUCAACUGCCAGAUGCAGAGAGCACUAGGAGCAGCUGAGCCACCAGGAACUCCCAUGAUGAAACUACAGGCUUCACCAAAUAAAGUCCCUGCAUCAGCCAUAAAUAAGGCAACUCCCCAACUGGUUAAACCUCAAAAGAUAGACACUCAAACACUCACUGAAUCCAAAAUAAAGAACACCUCAGCACCAGGCUCCCCUCAGAGGAAACCACCAAUACUAGCUGAGCAGCCAGCAACGGCUAAAGACGUGAAACUUCCAGAAAGUCCGAAACAGGUCAGCCCAUCUCCUGGUCAGAAAACUACUACUACAACUUCACAAGAGGAAUCUGGAAAGUUAUUUGGAUUUGGCAGUCCUAAAGCUCAACCUGAUAGUGCAAAGCCUGCUGAGUCCCUUGGUGGAAAAAUGUUUGGAUUUGGUACGUCCAGCUUUAGUUCUGCAUCUGAUUCUAAAACAACACCUCUAGUUUCUCCUAAAAUGCCUCGCGCAGAAGCACCAAAAUCACCUCUUGCUCACAAACAAGGGCAAGAGGUAAAGAAAAUGCAGCCCGGAACUUCUCCAUCACCCCAAGCCAAAGUAGGAAAAGUUCCAUCAGAGGUUCCAAAAGAUGCAGCAGCUCACAAGGCAGGCCAAUCUACCUGCCCACUCUGUAAGGUGGAACUCAACUUUGGCUCCAAGGAACCUCCAAACUACAACAACUGCACCGAAUGCAAGAAUACUGUCUGCAACCAAUGUGGAUUUAAUCCAGUGCCAAAUAAUUCAGAGGUAAAACAUUGGUUAUGCCUGAACUGUCAGAUGCAGAGGGCUCUUAGUGCAUCCGAACGCACGGGACCUCCAAUGAAAUCAGCUGACAGCAUUUCUCCAUCUGCUGGACAUCAGAAGAUAAAAGCUUCUAAUCAAGUGGAAACUCGAAAUAAAUCUGAUGCACCUUCAAAGCUCCAGAAUCAGGGGCUCGAUACACUUCAAGAGAAAGGGAGUCCCAAACCAGGUUCUCUGCUGAAGGCACAGGCUGCAGCAGGGAUUCUCAGAAACCAACUGACAAGAUAA